AUGCUUGAUACACAAAAAACACGUCCAUUUAGUGCAAGUCGUCAACGACGACAAGUUAAACGUAGUUCGAGUUUAACUGGAAAUCGAACAUCAUUUCAUUCUAAUUCUUCAAUAUCUGGUACUAAUGCCAUUUUAGCUGCUAUUGAUUUACGUACACCAAAACAAAAAAUUGAAGAUUUAGAAAAAGAAAUUAUUGAAUCUAAAGAUGAAUCAACUCCUGAACAAUAUCUUAAUCAACUUGUUCUUAUGCAAGUUUAUACAAAUCUUGAAUAUGGAGAGAAUUCUAUUGAAAAUGCUCGAGCUUAUAUAAACCUAAGUAAAUAUUAUUUAAAUCAAAAAUUAAACUUUUUACCUCAAGCUAAAUUUCAUGCGCUUAAUGCUCGACAAAUUUUUGAAUAUUUAAAUAUAAAACCUAAUAAUGAUAAUCUAAUAGAAAAUUUACUUGCUUAUGAUAUUUAUCUUAUUUUAAUUAAAUGUUCAAUAAAUGCUAAACAAUAUUCAUUACAACGAGAAUUAAAAAUUAAAAAUAAACAUAUUUUAUCAAUGGAUAAAGUACAUAUUGAUCAUGAUUUUAAUUUAAUUCAAAAAUUUUUAGAAAAAUUAAAACAUUUAAUGAAACCAAUAGAUUAUGAACAAAAACAUAUGGAAUAUUUAUUUGUUAAAUUUAAUAAAAUUUUAAUAGAUUCAAAAGAAUUUGAUGAAUCUAUUUAUGAAUUAAUUGAUCAAAUUAUUAUUUAUAUUGAGAAAUUUUUUUCGAAUGAUCAAAUCAAACGUAAAAUUGAUUUAUAUUUACAUUCAGGAUCAUAUUUAAUUAAUUAUGAUGAAAAUAUUCAAAAUGGAUUAAAAUAUUAUAGACAAGCAGUUGAAUUAGCAAAUGAACAAGAAAAGUUUAUAUCAUCCAUCAAACAUAAGUAUCAACUUGCAAAUGUAAUUCUUCAACGAAAUAUUGCAAAAGUGAGAACAAAUCGUUUAACAGAUGAUUUAGAAAACGAAUUUCAACAAGCAAUUCAAUUAUAUAAACAACCAGAUGGUGAAAUGAAUAAAAAUGUUUUGAAAGUAAUUGAUGAAUUAGCAACUUUUUAUACUAAAGCAGAAAAAUAUCAGGAUGCAUUGAAUGUACUUUGUGAAACUUUACCAGAUAAAAUUCGAUUAUUUGGUGAUUUUUCUGAAGAAGUUAUACAAACAGAAUCACGUAUUGGUGCAAUUUAUUUACGAGAAGGUGAAUGUCUCAAUGCAGCUGAACAUUUAAAAACAUGUCUUGAUUUACAAGAAUUUGUUUAUGGUCCAAAUGAUUCACGAACGUGUCAAACACGAAAUUCAGUUGAAUUAUUAAAAAAAGAUCCUAUGGUUUCUCGAACAUUCUUUGCUCGAACACAAGAUGGUAUACGUCAAGAUCGACCAAUGUUUCGAGUUAGAAAUAAAGUUUCUCAUGAAAAAGAAGAUCUUCGACUAUUACAAACAGUUACAAGGAAACCACCAAUUAGUUCAAAAACUUAG